AGAUAAAAAGCCAUCAACAUGGACUUGGAUUGUUGGGAUUAUUUUCUUGCUGACCAAACGCUACCCAUCAACAAAACGGUCAUAAUCAAAGCCGCCCCAUUCAGGAGAGAUAGGAGUGGGAGGGAAAGUUAGACGUAGACACAGCCCCCUUUAUGCGCUUCUCUGUUUAUCCACUUUUUGGUGGAGAUUCGAUUAGGUUCUUCAAGAGCCGAGCCCAGUUGCUUUGAUCUUCUUAAAGCAUAGAUAUUGUGUAGAGAGAGACAGAGAGAGAGAUGGAGAUGAUGUAUUACCAGUUCCCAAGAUUUUCUUACCAGGAUUCCCUGAAAAUCCUUGAAGCUGAUAUACAGCACGCCAACGCUCUUGCAGCUGCAAUACCAAGAGCCAAAGGUGGUGCUCGCCUGCAGAUGAAAUUGGUUUACAAUCACUGGACACCCCUCCUGUUCUUCUUGCUCCAAUGGAUGGAUUGCUCCUGCAUGUGUCUGUUGCCAAGAUAUCUAAAUCUUUUCCAUGUACUUGUAUAUAAGGUGUAUGUGGAUCGAAGACCUAACAUUUCCAAGCAUGGGAGGAAGGCAACGAUUAGGGACUUCUAUGCUGUUAUAUUGCCGUCUCUUCAGCGGCUCCACGGUGACUUGGUGGAACCGGAUAAUGCUAACGGUGAGAGUUCUGGCUCAGGGAUCAUUAGUAAGAUCAAAGGCAGUAAUGGAUUGUCCGAUGCUGAUUUGGAUGGAGAAGAUGAAUGCGGGAUUUGCCUGGAGCGCUGUACCAAGAUGGUCUUGCCUAAUUGCUGUCAUGAAAUGUGCAUCAAUUGCUAUCGUGAUUGGAACACAAGAUCAGAGUCCUGCCCCUUUUGUCGUGGUAACAUCAAGAGAGUCAAGUCCAGAGACUUAUGGGUCCUUACUUGUAGUGAUGAUGUGGUAGACGCGGAAACAGUUUCCCGAGAGGACUUACUGCGUUUCUACCUUUAUAUCAACAGAUUGCCAAAAGAUUCAUCAGAUUCCCUCUUUCUAAUGCAUUAUGACUACCUACGUUGACCCAAAGUGAGUGAGAAGAUUGGUGUACAGAUAGAAAAAGCCAACCUUCACAUGUAAAUAGAUGAUUCUGGUAAGGGCAUUUCUCUUAAGAUUUUUACACAGAGAUUACCAGUUCUGUACUGUACCUGUAAGCAAUUUAUAAAUGUCAACAUAUGAUAUCUUUCUGAUGAAUAAUAGACUUCCCAUUUCUGAAUC